GAGGUGAGGAGCCGCUGCCGCCAGCCGCCUUGUCGCUCUGCUUUCUGCAGCCGGUGCGGAGGAGGGGGCACCCCCCGGCAGGCGUCCCGGUAUGCUGAAAGUCACCAUGCCCUCCUCCUCCUCCUCGUCCUCCUCUUCCUCGUCCUCCUCCGGCUCCUCGGCCGCCGGCCGCUCCGGAUCUGCCGCGCCCGACUACUGGAUCGACGGCUCCAACAAGGACACCCUGGCCCACUACUUCGAGCUGGAGUCCGAGCUGGGACGUGGGGCUACAUCCAUUGUCUACAGAUGCAGGCAGAAAGGGACCCAGAAACCUUACGCCGUCAAAAUGUUGAAGAAGACAGUAGACAAGAAAAUUGUCCGCACAGAAAUUGGAGUUCUUCUUCGCCUUUCGCAUCCAAACAUUAUAAAACUGAAGGAGAUAUUUGAGACCCCUACAGAAAUCAGUCUUGUUCUGGAAUUGGUCACAGGUGGAGAACUAUUUGACAGGAUUGUGGAAAAGGGUUACUACAGUGAACGAGAUGCUGCUGAUGCUGUUAAACAAAUCCUGGAGGCAGUUGCUUACCUGCACGCAAAUGGGAUUGUGCAUCGUGACUUGAAGCCAGAAAAUCUACUCUAUGCAACGCCAGCACCGGAUGCACCACUAAAAAUCGCUGACUUUGGACUUUCCAAGAUUGUGGAAGAUCAGGUGACCAUGAAGACAGUUUGUGGAACUCCAGGAUACUGUGCACCAGAGAUACUGCGGGGAUGUGCCUAUGGCCCUGAGGUGGACAUGUGGUCUCUGGGGAUUAUCACCUACAUCCUACUUUGUGGCUUUGAACCAUUUUAUGAUGAAAGGGGAGAUCAGUACAUGUUUAAGAGAAUCCUGAACUGUGAAUAUGACUUUGUGUCCCCCUGGUGGGAUGAUGUGUCUCUGAAUGCCAAGGAUUUAGUCAAAAAGUUGAUUGUUUUAGACCCCAAGAAACGCCUCACCAGUCUACAGGCUUUGCAGCACCCAUGGGUCACAGGGAAGGCAGCAAACUUUGCACAUAUGGACAACGCACAAAAGAAACUUCAAGAAUUCAAUGCUCGGCGUAAACUUAAGGCUGCAGUAAAAGCUGUGGUGGCAUCAACUCGCCUUGGCAGCGCCAGCAGUCACAGCGCGCACGAAAGCAACAAGCCCAGCUGUAACCCGUCUCCCAUCCAUGAUGGCAAACCCGAAGAGAAACCCACUCAGGAAGCAGAAGCAGCUCCAGAAGAAAUGUCUUAGGUCAAUGUGUGCUUCCUUGUUUCAGCUGAGAUCUGUCAUUUCAUACACCAGCUAACUUGUCAUUCAGCAAGAGAUUCGUAAGCUUGGCCUCUCUGGUUCUGCUUUGGGGUGCCAAAUGCACUGGCUGGUGAUCCUACCUUCAAUGCAUGUGGCUGCUUAUGAAAAUAGUAAACUGUUCCAUAAGGCAUGUCAUGGAAACAGUGUUAUUUGCAGUAAUACCGGCAGGUAAAAACAUGGGGAUGAAUUAACUACCUACCAUAAUGCAUAUACUUCAUAUACAUCUAUCCAGUGUUUCUAGAUGGCAUUUGAAACAAAAUACUAUUUAAUUUGGUUUUAUGGAAGUAGGUGUCUUCUAUAUGUUGUGAGUUUCUUUGAACUGCUUCCUUCCAGAUUCAUAGUCCUGCCGCAGACAAAAUGGAAGGAAAUACCAAGCCAAUGCUUUUAAAACUGAUGUAUGAAAUAAUGCUUUUUAUCUGUAAAAUUCAAAAAGUAUUUGGGGAUUUAUAUGUAAAAAACAUUCCACUACUUCUGGGAAGAAAUUGAAAUGUUAGUUCCACUGGGCAUGAAAAUGUACAUUCCUCAAGCUUGUGCUGAGAUUGCCUUAUUCUGACUUUUCCUGUUUAUAUACAGUAUUUUAAUGACAACCAAAAUUACUCAAGAUUUCUGCUAUUUCAUUCUCUAGUAAAAGUGUUAGCAAAACAAAAUGAUAGACUAAAAGAGGAUUAGAGUAGAUGCAAAUUUUUUAAAUACCAUUAUAUUUACUCAUUAAUUUCUAAACUGUGCAGCUAGAAGAUGUUUUUAUAGGGCCUAAGGGAAUAAUCUGCAAUUAUACAAGUUGUAAAUGCUUGAAGGAAGCUAUUCCACAACUUAAUGAUUUUGCUCUGGGGAAACACUCUUCUGGUCUGGGAGCAAGUAGUAUAAUCUAGUUGCUUCCCAGAUAAUUUAACCUCAUAAGCAACCAGUUUCCACUUGUCAGCAUAAUUAGUCCAUAUUUUCCUAACAAAGGACCCCUCCUGUAAAGUGAUCCACCAGCACAGAUCUUGCAUCCACCCAGAGCUCCUGUGUCCUAAGUUAAAAGCUGUGUGCAUGGAUCACCCUGCAAAAUUAGUGUCAGGCUCUUCAGCUAUCUUGAUUUUUUUGUUGAACGUAAUUGAUAGGAAUUGAAAAGCUAACAUGCAUCAGUAUGUAUGACCGUAUAUAUUUGUUUGUUAUCACUUUAAUAGCAUGUGAAUUUCAUAAUGUUAUUGAAUGUACAACAAUGUCAUUUGUGUUUGUUAAACUUUUUAAUACUGGUAGUUACCUAAGACCCUAAUACACUCAACAUUCCUCUUUUGCUUUAAUUGUUUUCAUGUUGUUAGGCCUUGCACAACUUGCCUUGAAAAAAUAUAUCAGCUACUGAAAAAACAAGUCAUUAAUAAAACAUUCAGUAGCUGCAUUUCCUGGUGAAAUUAAAGGAUAAUACAAUGUUAUAAAUAAAGUGUAAUCUAGAUUAAUAUAAAAAGGAAGAUUAAAGAUACUGUCUUUACUAGUUGAGAAUGCAUGCUGAUGAA